CGACAACAUGUUCUGUUGACUCAAAUGCAGCGCAAGAUGUCCUCGUCUCGGACGGAGGUGGUUUCUGUCGUCGGAAAGCGCCGACGCCGCAGACACUACAUGCACGCAACAGAGAUAACAGCAGGCCGAGUCUCAUCUACUUUCUUCACUUGCCACCGUAACUCCUCUUAUUCACGCCCCAUUACCACUGAUGUUCCCGCUGUUGUGAUGACUCUGGUGCUCACGGCGAUAGGUUGUUGGCUUUUGUUUGACGAUUUCGGAUGAGUGCAGGGCGCGUUGCGUGCUUCAUUCCAAUUAUCGCACCAAAACUACUCACUACAUAUUCAUGAUGGCAGGCUUGGAAAGCGGAAACCUGACCCCCGAGGAAUACGAUGCUUAUGUGGAGAAGAUGCGGCAGGAUGAAUAUCCCAUGAUCGCGGACGCUCUCUAUCUGGACCACGCUGGCACUACGGUCUAUAGCAAGCGUCUGAUGGAGCGCUUCCAUCGAGACAUGAUGGCCAAUCUGCUAGGUAACCCGCACUCUGCCUCACAAUCUAGCCAGCACGCAACCCAGCUCAUCGAUAGUGUCCGAUCGAAGUUAUUACAUCUCUGCAAUGCUGAUCCGGCAUAUUUCGACGUUGUCUUUACAGCGAACGCCACCGCAGCCAUCAAGCUAGUCAUGGAGGCCUUUCGAGAGCAGAGCGAAGGUUUCUGGUAUGGCUACCAUGUUGAUUCCCAUACCAGCUUAGUCGGCGCACGAGAGGUUGCUAUUGCGCACCACUGCUUUAAGUCGGACGCGGAGGUAGAGGCGUGGGUUGAUGCAGCACAUCCGUCUCGACCUGCCGGUCGUAGUCAGCUUUUCGCCUUCCCUGCUCAGUCCAACAUGAAUGGGAGGAGGCUCCCGCUCUAUUGGAGCAUGCGUAUGCGGAGAGCGUUUCAGCGGACUUACACUCUGCUUGAUGCUGCAUCGUACGCGUCAACAUCGCCUUUGGAUCUGCGCGAUGUCGAUGCUUCACCCGACUUUACAGCGCUCAGCUUGUAUAAGAUCUUUGGCUUUCCAGACCUAGGUGCGCUUAUCGUUCGAAAAGCUGCGGCGCAUGUCUUCGACAAGCGCAAGUACUUUGGAGGUGGCACCGUUGAUAUGGUGCUUUGCUCGAAAGAGCAGUGGCAUGUCAAGAAGUCUGGUUCGUUGCACGAGCGGCUUGAGGACGGCACCCUACCCGUUCACAGUAUCCUGGCGCUCAACGCUGCAAUAGACACGCAUGCGGAACUGUUCGGUACCCUUGAUCGUGUCUCACAGCAUACGGCUGCUCUUGCGAAGCGACUGUACGAUGGGUUGACGGCGCUGAAGCAUGGUAGUGGCAGAGACGUUUGCACAAUCUACACCAAUGCAUCUUCCCUGUACGGAGACAGUCGCAAUCAGGGCCCAAUCGUAGCCUUCAACUUGCGCGACAGCAAUGGCGACUGGGUCAGCAAUACGGAGAUCGAGAAGCUCGCGUCUAUCAAGAACAUCCAUCUCCGGACCGGCGGUGUCUGUAAUCCUGGUGGCAUUGCUCAAUGGCUCCAUCUUGCUCCCUGGGAGAUGCGUGAAAACUUCUCUGCUGGACAGAGAUGCGGGGGUGAGUACGACAUACUCAAUGGCAAGCCGGCUGGUGUUGUUCGGCUUAGCCUCGGAGCUAUGAGUACAACAUCGGACGUUAAGCGCUUCGUAGCCUUUCUUGAGGAGUUCUUUGUCAACAAGAACUGUCAAUCCCAGGCUCCUGUGGCUGGCUGUGAAGUAUCGGAGAAAUCUGAGCAGCGCUUUCACAUCGAGAGUUUGACUGUAUAUCCUAUCAAAAGCUGCGCUGGGUGGCAGAUUUCGCAUGGGACAACUUGGGAGGUUCGUGACGAGGGCCUUGUGUGGGAUCGCGAAUGGUGCAUUGUGCAUCAAACGACUGUCAAGGCACUCAGCCAGAAGCAGCACCCACGCAUGGCUCUGAUCCGGCCUUCACUGGACUUCCGACAAGGCGUGCUACGGAUCCAUGCGCCGGGUUCGGCCGACACCGUCAUAGUUCCCUUGUCGCAAGACCCGGGCGUGUUUGAUAAGCCAGACUUUGCGCAGCGCGAUGCCACUGUCUGCGGCGAUCGGAUCGCAGCACAGGUCUACGCCUCUCAGUCCGUUGCCAGGUUUCUCACAGAAGCAGUAGGUGUCCCAUGCACCCUAGCACGCUUCCCUGUUGGGACUGCGUCUGAUAGCGCAGGCCGCCACAGCAAAGCACACCUGAAGCAGGGUGGAGAGGCAAUAGGUGUUCCUCGGCCACUGCUUCUUAGCAACGAGUCACCAAUCCUGACCAUCUCAAGGUCAUCUCUAAAUCGGCUGAACGAGCAGAUCAAGGCCAGAGGUGGCAAAGCUGCUCAUCCAUCCGUAUUCCGCGCGAACAUCGUGCUGGCGGAGAGCCCACUUUUACCGCCAGGACUCGAGCAGCCAUUUGCGGAGGACCAUUGGCAGAGUAUGCGCAUCGGCGGCGAACGUGGACCGGUGCUUGACUUUCUCGGCGGCUGCAGGCGGUGUCAGAUGGUUUGCAUUGAUCAGGUUAGCGGCGAGAAGAAUCAGGAGCCCUUCGUCACGCUGGCGAAAACGCGGCGGGCGGAGGGGAAGGUACUGUUUGGGGUUCACACUGCGCUACGAGUGGAGCGCGCGGGAGGUGCAAUGAUCGCAGCUAGACAAUCGGUCCAGACAUCCUAGUAAUAUGUUAUCAAUUGCUCAC